ACCAAACAGAACCUUUAUGAUCUUCUCCUAACAGCAUUUAUUAUUAUAAGUCACACCUCACCGAAGAAGAAAAAAGAUUGUGUCAAGGAAGUCAAAACUGAAACGCAAGAGAACAAACUUCCAAUCCAAUAAUUAAACCUAACCCCGCACAAUUCUUUGGUUCAUUUCAACAAACACAUACUAUGCUCUCAAUCCCAUCAUUCAUGAGCAUCGCCUCCCUAUACGAAAUCUACCUCCGCCGCUGCUUCACGGCGGCAGGCCUCUUGUCUCAGUCAAUCGCGGUGGACGACGAAACUACUAUCCACUUCUGGGGCCCCACCAGCAAAUCCCCAAACAAGGCAUGCCUUGUUCUCAUACACGGUUUCGGUCCCAUGGCCAUAUGGCAAUGGCGGAAACAAGUGCAGUUCUUCGCGCCUCACUUCAACGUGUACGUGCCGGACCUGGUGUUCUUCGGAGGGUCCACGACGAGGAGCAGUGAGAGGAGCGAGAAGUUUCAGGCGGCGGCGGUGGUGAAGCUGGUGGAGAAAGAGGUGGUGGCGGAUGAGGAGAGUAAGAAGAAGAAGGUGCACGUGAUAGGCACGAGCUACGGGGGAUUUGUGGCGUACCAAGUGGCAAGGAUGAUGGGGGUGGAGAGAGUGGGCAAAGUGGUAAUUGCAAGCUCGGGAGUGAAUAUGAGGAAGAAGGAUAACUUGGCGCUUUUGGAGAGGGCGGGACUUGAGAGAAUUGAGGACCUCAUGAUGCCAGCUAAGCCUCAACAUUUCCGAAAAUUGAUGGCUUUGUCUCUCUCUAGGCGUCUCCAUUAUCUACCUGAUUUCUUCCUCGCUGAUUUCAUCAAUAAACUGUACUCAGACAAUAGAAAGGAGAAGAUGGAGCUUCUAAAAGGAGUAUCUCUGGGAAGGGAAGAAGCCUUGAACAUUUCACCCCUCCAACAGGAGGUUCUCAUAGUAUGGGGGGAACAUGAUCGUAUAUUUCCCGUGCAGAUGGCCAGAGAACUCAGAGAGGUAAUUGGUAAGAAGGCAAGUUUGGAGGUUAUCAAGGACGCAUCCCAUGUCCCUCAAAUUGAAAAAGCAGCAGAAUUCAACAACAUUAUCCUUAAUUUCUUAAAGGGCUGUACUUGAUAGAUUAUAUGUGUAAUUUUUAUGAUGGGUACUGCCGUACACAUUAAGAUCAGAGCAUCAUUCGCCUUAUUUUAACCUUCGUUUUUGGCGAGUA